UAAGAAUCGGACAUUUUUCGUAAAAUAAGACAAAAUCUGUUUUGAUCUGAUGCAUCCUAACACCUUUCACUUUUCUCCAUCCACAUUAGGUUUUGCAAGUUUAACAAACAGACAAAAACAAAAACCAAGCAAAAAACAGCCUCACCCUAGUCGUUUAAAGUUAUGCAAAGAGUAAUCCAUCGUUUAUCGAACAAUUUCCGUCAUCCAUUAAUCAAUCACCGACAUCAAGUCUUCAAAUCAAUGAACCCAAACACCGCAUCAGCAACAAAACCAGCUGCAGCAAAAGACAUGAGCACAUUGACAAAUGCCACACCUCCGCCACGUGUUCGGCCCAAUCCAGCUGUGAAAAAAAUCGACACGCCUGAAUUCAAAUCAAUUUUCACCGAAGAACUUCACGCACUGAUCGGACUCUUUGAAAAGUACAAUUAUGAAUUGAGAAUAGCUGGCGGCGCAGUUCGUGACAUUCUGAUGAACAUUGAGCCAAAAGAUGUCGAUUUGGCAACCACAGCGACUCCAGACCAAAUGAAAGAGAUGUUCACUAAGGAGGAGGUGCGAAUGAUAAAUGCCAAGGGUGAGAAGCACGGAACCAUCACGCCUCGCAUCAAUAACAAGGAGAACUUUGAAGUGACCACAUUACGAAUCGAUGUUCUUACCGAUGGGCGCCAUGCUGAGGUGCAAUUCACAACAGAUUGGCAAUUAGACGCUAACCGUAGGGAUUUGACCAUAAAUUCCAUGUUCCUGGGUUUUGAUGGAACUGUCUUUGACUAUUUUUAUGGUUAUGAGGAUCUGCAAGAGAGGAAGGUUGUAUUUGUCGGAGAAGCCGAUAUACGGAUCAGGGAAGAUUAUCUGAGAAUUUUACGGUAUUUUAGAUUCUAUGGAAGAAUUGCUAAAGAUCCAUCAAACCAUGACGCCGCAACUCUAAAGGCAAUUAAAGACAACAUUGAGGGAAUGGCAAGAAUCAGUGGGGAAAGGAUUUGGGGUGAAUUCGCGAAGAUAUUGCAGGGAAACUUUGCUUUGGAGUUGACUUUAGAGAUGCUCAAAUGUGGCCUAGCCAAGUACAUUGGUCUGCCAGAUGAUCCCAACGAAGAAGAGUUCCGUCUAGUUUUCGCAAGAAUUGCAUCAUUCCCCGGACCUCAUAAUUCUAUAACUUAUGUAGCAGCCUUAUUGCACACUGUCGAAGAUGCGAUGCGCCUACACGAGCGCUUGAAGCUGUCUGCUUUCGAAAGGGACGUCACUUUGUUUAUCACUCAAAACAGAGAUUUAGUGGGUAAGCAACUCAAGACUCUAAAGGACUACCAAAUGCUUUGUCUACAACCCUCGGCCAGGCGUGAUUUUGUUGAAGAACUUCUAAAAUACUCUGGUAGUUUGGAUUUGUACAAACAACUGAAGAGUUGGCAAAUACCUGCGUUUCCGGUUACCGGAAAUAUGUUGAAGGAGAAAAACUGUCCUGUGGGCAAGAAAAUGGGAACUAUUAUGUCGAAGUUAAAAUUGAUUUGGGCCCAAGAUGAUUUCCAGACUAGCUCACAAGAUCUAUUAGAAGUGCAUUUGCCAACAAUUUUAGCUGAACUUCCACCACCAUCGCCACCAACGUCACAUAAAAAUAAAAAACAGAAAAUAAAGAAGUAAUUUGAAAGUGUGUCUCUUUUGCUGUUAUUGUUCCUCAAGCUUAAGUAUAGAUAUAAUGCUUAUCUAUUUUCUUUUUUUUUUAUAAAAAAAUUUGUUUGCACUAUGAAUACUUAAUUAAAAAUAAAUAACUCAAUAAAUUAUCUUCUCAAAUGGAAUAAUAAAAUUAUGAAUUUUUUAUUUGGGAAACGGAAGCA